AUGGAACUGUGGAGGUCGUCUGGAUCUGCCUUAAGUGGGGUUUCCACUGUCCACAGUCGAUGGAAGCCUGGUUGUAUACCAAAGGGGAGAAUUGAGUUAUGUGGUAGACACCUCCUUAUCACUACUUACCUUGGCGAAUACGUGAACACGAUAGCCCACAAGGGAUCUCCGACAGGUUCAGAAAAGUCACGUAAAAAGAGGAAAAGAAUUCAGAUAACGAGUGCGCCUAGAGGACCCCCAGACUACUGGGCCUCCCAAUCCAGGCUUAAAAGAGCGUUGCGGAGAAAGAGAAAUGAAAUGAUCCAUCCCAACCACGUCAUUACCACCUGCAGUGCGUGCAGUAUGGCCACAGAAGGGAAAUACCACAGCCCAGGUAUUGGAGUUUCCUACACUUGUUUACAGAUUGCACUGAAUGGCUUUGGUUUUCCUGCUGUUACCAUUAUUACAGUCCGUGUGAAUUUUGGUUUUCUACCUAAGCCUAUCAGAUCACUUACUGUGUACGUGUCCCCGAACGGUAAAUGUUCCACAGGUUGGGAACCCCAGGCUGAGAUGACAAGAAGCAUGUAUAAGUGUACACUUACACCUUGGACUGGGGAUGUGGAAUCUGGUUCUAUGUCGGUGGAUUUUACCUGCCGUGCAGAAGUAAGAGUAGCAGCCCGUGUGUCUCAGCCUAGAGUAUACUGCUGUGGAACUGAUACAACCGUGAUAGGAAGCUACAUCUCGCAGUGUGGGUCACUGCUAAUCUCCGGCACAGUCUAUAUAAAACCAAAUGAAACUGCGUUGCGUAGAUUGCGGGUCGCCUGGGGUAACCGCACGUUCAGGGACCCACAUUCGGCCAGACGUAGGUUCCUAGAACUAGGGUCAUCUCCUAACAAGGGAGCUAAGAUUCUUCAGAAGAUGUUCCAAAAUUUAGGCAAGAAGAGAUUGUGGAAGGUGGGAGACUCGGAUCCUCAGCAGGAAUUCCACAAAUGUGUCCAAGGGGGGAAACUGGAGGUCUCGAGAAACAACAUAUGCUUUGGUAAACAACUUGACACUGGAACCUAUGGUCCUUCUUUCAAGGCCAAAUUGACAGACCACCAUGGUGGGUCUUCUGAUAUUGUGGUUAAGAAGUAUAAGAUUCCAAAAGAUAGAUGCACUGGUCAUGAGGUCUUUGAAGAACUUAGAGUGAGGCUACACAUUGGAAAACAUGAUAACAUUGUUAAUUUGAUUGGGGUCAACACUUUGAAUAUUUCCAAAGGUAAACUGUGGAUGCUCUUAGAAUAUUGUGAGUUAGACAUCCUGUCCUUUCUGCGAAGGAAUCACAGUCGCUACAAAGAGGAGGGGCCUGGAAGUUCAGCAACAAGACAGCUUGCACAGGGGAAACAUGAUAAUGAUCCAGAAUCCAGUGGUGUUAGCAAAAUUACAAGCAUACAUAAAGAUUUAAACAGAAGAUGUCUAUUGCUGUGGGGAUGGCAGGCAGCAGAAGGCAUGGAUUUCUUAGCAAGUAAAAGUGUUGUGCAUGGAAGUUUAUGUGCUGCAAACCUACUGCUUACAAGUAAUGGUACUAUAAAAGUGACUGGGUUCGAAAGACCACAGGAAAUAUACAUAGACACAGAACACAUAGUUAGAGAUGAGAUCUCCCUCUCAUUAAAAUGGAUGGCAACAGAGACUCUAAGUGAAAGAACAUUUAGUAUCAAGAGUGACAUUUGGGCUUAUGGUAUUGUCCUCUGGGAAAUAUUUUCUCUUGGUUCGACUCCCUAUCCAGGCACGUCAGUAACGACACACUUCAUUGACAAAGUAAUAAAUGGUUUGCGCAAUGAAAAGCCAAAGUGUGCCAAAGACACUGAGUAUAAUUUGAUGUUAGCUUGCUGGGAGCAUGACCCACUGUCAAGACCUACUUAUUCUGAAAUUAUACACCAAUUACAAGAGGCUUUAGAAAAGUAGUGUACUGAGACAGCACUGCAGAGCUAAUAUUCUCCAUUGGUGUUCAUCAGGAUACAAGAAGAUUCAUUGAAUGCCUGGUAUAAAAAUUGUCUCUUUUAAUAGGUCUUCUGCAAAGAGGUUAUCAAUGAGUUAUGUAGAUGUCUGUAGAGGUUAAAGAAUAUCCAAUUUAGAGGUAACAUCUAGACACAUUUGCGUUUUUCAGGUUACUUUAAGUGUGAAUUACAGAAAUUAUGCAAUGCAUGUGGUAAACAUACUGUGGAAACUGGCUGGAAAGAGAUAAGGCUUGUAGACCUACAGUGAAAUGAAAAAGAAAAUAUACAUAAGUGUUUAUUUUCUAUCAGCUGUGUUCCAGACUUUCCUGCUCCAACCCCACAUACUUCCUCCCAAUGCUUUUAAAAUCUACAACAUGCUUAAAGUGAUAAAAUGCAUGUGUCUGUGUAGAAGGAAUCAUAGUCCUUCAUGUAUAUCUUGACAUAGCUUGUAUGGUACCAUAUAUGUAUAUAUAUAUUAAGUGUGCUCUCUUGUAUAUCAUAUAUAUGUUCAGUAUUUCAGUUGGUUGUGAACAAAUGCUAGCAUACUUUGUAGUCACUUACUUACUUUUAUACAUAUACAAAUUCUCUCUCUCUCUCUCUCUCUCACACACACACACACACACACACACACACACACACACACACACACACACACACACACACACACACACACAC